GAGCAGAAAGAAAAACAAAUAUAUUUAAUGAGGAAUGGAAUCGGUGUAUAGUCUUUUCGUCGUGUUCCUUUUAUCUGCAUCAGGUUCGUUUGGCCUAAACACCUGCAACAAUGAUGGCGCCUAUAUCACUACACUAGUAUCACCCGACCAUCCGGGGAACUAUCCUGCUGACACCCAGAUGGAGUGGACAGUUGUGACCGAGCCUGAUCAGACAGUAUUGAUUGACGUCAAAAUUCUGGAGGUUGAGUUUCCUUGGGAUAGGGUGCAUAUUCGCCAUACCACCUCCGAAGGGAUAACUGCUACCAAUCUCUCAUUGGCCAGUAGUUCUGUGACGUCACUUAUCCUCCCGGGAGGGUCCACAGUCGUGAGUCUGUGUACUGAUUCCAUGGAGCAGCGCCAGGGUUUUGCGAUGGAGUUCACGUCAUACAGUAAUGAAACAUCGUUGGUUGACGCUCUGGGAGAUUAUUUCUCAUGUAACUCUAGUAUUGAAUACAUCCGGGUCUCUGCAAGGUGUGAUGGGAUAGUUGACUGCCAUGACUUCUCCGAUGAAAUUGGAUGUGACGAAUGCAAUUCUGCUUCAUACCGAUGUAACGGAAGUGAUAUUUGUCUUAUUCCCACAUUGCAAUGCGACGGAAAAGUCGAUUGCCCACAUGGAGACGAUGAGAUGCUUUGUGAUACACUUCGAUGCCCGUCGACUUGUUCUUGCGGUGAAUCUCAGAAAACGCCCCCGUUAUCUUUUGGAUGCACCGAUUCUGAAUGGGUUCCAUUUUGGGUGAACUGCUCGGUUGACUGGAAGAAAGACUACGCCAAAGAAAUUGCUCCAAAGGCUGUAUUCAUAAAUCUUGCUGGUGCUUCCAUUGGACAUCUGGAGAAGGGUUCCUUCUCCGAACUCAGCAAUGCAUAUGAUUUGGAACUGAAAUCGACUGGACUAAGCCAUUUACCACCUGGUAUUUUUGUUGGACUUCAUCGUCUUUGGAGAUUGUCACUCAAAAACAAUAGUCUGACUGUUCUUGAGAAGGGCACAUUUGAAGGUCUUCGUAAUUUAGGGAGAUUACGGCUGGAAAUGAACCGGAUUACUCAGUUGGAUGGCGGCUGCUUCACAGGUCUGGAUCGACUCUCUUUCAUAGAUUUUGAACACAAUGAUUUGGCAACAAUACCACCUGGAGCGUUUGCUGAAGUUGGAGGCAGCCUUAAAUUUUUGAUUAUCACUCAUAAUCGUUUGACAUCACUUAAUUCAUCCUAUUUUUACGGGCUUAACAAUAUUGAUAUCUUAUCAGUUCAAGGGAAUCCAAUCACAAACAUCGAACCAGGAGCCUUAAAUGGACUGCCUACAUUACGUGAUGUGCGACUUCUUUCAUCAGACAGAAUCCGUCUUCAACCCGAUACAUUCGUGGGCCCCUCCAAAAUUGAGCUAUUGGUUGUUCGAGACGAACGAGUUUGUUGCAUUGCUCCUGAAAGUUUCGGGUGUAUAACGCGAGAACUGCCAGAUCCACUCUUCACAUGCCGCAGAACGUUUCUCCAAAACAGAACCAUUAAGGUAUUCAUCUGGAUCCUUGGUAUCAGUGCACUGCUCGGUAAUGGCUUUGUGAUCGUCACGAGGUUGAGGAACAAACCUUCAACAGUCACUGGUUCUGUGCAAUCAACCUUGAUCAGCAAUCUGGCCGUUUCGGAUUUCCUGAUGGGUGUUUACAUGUUGAUCCUUGCAGUCAUGGAUAUGUAUAUUGGCGAAGCCUAUUUCUGGGAUGGCAUCGGUUACGAGUGGCGAACCAGCUAUCCUUGUCAGAUUGCAGGGUUCAUCUCGUUACUCAGCACCCAAUCGUCCGUUUUCUUGUUGACUCUGCUAAGCGUUGAUCGCUUCAUUGCAAUCCAGUUCCCAUUCAGUCCGAAGCGUCUGGGUAUCAAGUCCUCCCGUAUCUCUGUUGCGAUUGUGUGGGCUAUGGCGUUGAUUCUCAGCGUAACCUCUCUUCUCUUGAAUCAGCUGGAGCUUGGUGCCUAUGGCCUGAGUGACGUUUGCGUGGGCCUUCCCCUCAUCCGUAAGUUUUCUUCGGUCUAUUCGGAGAUUGACGCCUACACCUUGUCUCGCUUCGGUCAGACCACCCUUAAUUAUCUUGCUUCUGGAACAGCAUCGACAUGGCAAUUCUCCAUUGCUAUCUUCCUUGGAGUGAACCUAAUCAGUUUCCUAGUCGUGUUGUUCUGCUACGCCGCUAUCUUUGUCAGAGUUCGGUUAAGCAGGGAGGCGGUAGGACAGAAGAACAAGGUUACCUCAGAGGUAAAGAUGGCGCUCAAGAUGUUUUUCAUCGUUGGAACCGACCUUUGUUGCUGGAUGCCAAUCAUCACGAUGGGUAUAUUGGUCCAAAUCGAUGUAAUCACUCUUUCCUCCAACGUCUAUGCUUGGUUGGUGGUCUUUGUCCUGCCUAUUAAUUCCUCUCUCAAUCCUUUCAUCUAUACCAUCGUCGAAAGAGUCACGAAAUAGACGACAUUGUUUAAUUUGUAAAUCGUGAUCAUUGUGAUUGAAUUUUUAUUCGAUAUUUUUGUUUUGUUCAGAGUUUACAAUCUACUAUGACUUGCACACAUCAUAAAUAAUCUGCUCGUUCAUAAUUUUCUCUUGAUUUUCUUAAGUAGAUUUUAUUUCGAAAGGGGUAAUCCCCUUACACUUUCGGAUGCCUCUCCUGUAUUGAAUUGUCCGUGGGAUCGAAUUCACUUGAUAUUUUAUGUAUUGAUUUAUUUAAGAACAAUAAAAAAGGCUUGUAAUGUUUUAUUGUUAUUUUUUCAUCAUAAAAUGAUGAUAUAAAAAAAUUGAAAUGUUACAUCAAAUGCAUUUUCUUACAAUUAAGGGAAUACUCGGUAGAAACAUGUUUAUGAUUAUAUGAUUGAAACAAUUAUUGUUACAUUAUGAUAAACACAAAAUGAACAAUACUAAAUAUUCUCAAUGAUUAGUCACAUAUUCAUACAAAUAAAGAACAACAUUGAAUAAUGUUUCAAUUUUAAGAAGAUUAAAAAUUAAAAAUUCAAGAGAAAAAAAGUAUUUUAUUAAAGAUGCGCCACUAAUGCCAGAUCAGUAUCCAGUUGAAUGAAACGAUUCGAAUUCACUGAGAAGUAGUCAAAAUGACAUGAUUUUGACCC